GCGUGGUUGCGUAAUCACGCCCCCCUAAAAAGCCACGCCCCUUCUCCCCCGGUACUGCGCGACGGUAGCGGCGGCAGCGGCAUGGCCGUGUGGACCCGGGCUAGUAAAACGGGGCUGUUAGAACUGCUUUUAAGGGAACGCUGGGUACGGGUAGCGGCAGAAUUAAACGGGGAAUCUUUGAAUUUAACGGCGGAACCGGGAGGAAGUGAAACGGCGGCGGUUAACGGCGUAGUUAACGGCAAUGCAGAGGCAACGGCAGCUCCCGGUUGUGUGAGGAGGGUGCGAGUAGUGAAAGCGGAAGCGGGAGGGCUUGGUAUUAGUAUUAAAGGAGGGAGGGAGAAUCGUAUGCCGGUGCUUAUCUCUCGGAUCUUCCCCGGUUUGGCGGCGGAACGGAGCGGGGCUCUCCGUUUGGGCGACGCUAUUCUCGCCGUUAACGGUGUUGAUCUCCGGGAUGCCACCCACGAUCAAGCUGUCCAGGCGUUGAAGCGAGCCGGGAGGGAGGUCAUUCUCGAAGUGAAGUUCAUGCAGGAGGUGACCCCCUACAUCAAGAAGCCCUCUCUGGUGUCAGAUCUGCCAUGGGAGGGAGCCACCCCACAGUCGCCCAGCCUGAGCGGCAGCGAGGAUUCAGGAUCCCCCCAGCACCAGGUUCCCCGUGACCGCAAGGUGAUCCCCCUGAAGAUGUGCUUCGUGGCCCGGAAUCUCAGCAUGCCUGACCUGGAGAACAGGCUGAUUGAGCUGCACUCGCCGGACAGCCGGAACACCCUGAUCCUGCGCUGCAAGGACACAGCCACAGCACACUCCUGGUUCACAGCCCUGCAUGCCAACAUCACCGCCCUGCUGCCCCAGGUCCUGGCAGAGCUCAAUGCUAUGCUGGGCACUGGUGGUGCUGUGGCUGGUGGCAGGGAGGUCAAGCACAUUGCCUGGUUGGCUGAGCAGGCACGCCUGGAUGGAGGGCGGCAGCAAUGGCAUCCGGUGCUCAUGGCGGUGACAGAGAAGGACCUGCUGCUGUACGACGGCAUGCCCUGGACCAGGGAUGCUUGGGCCUCCCCAUGUCACAGUUACCCGCUGGUGGCUACCAGGCUGGUCCACUCGGGCUCAGGCCGCCGCUCACCCGCCCUGGGCUCGGAGCUCACCUUUGCCACCCGGACGGGCUCUCGCCAGGGCGUGGAGAUGCAUGUCUUUCGUGUGGAGACGCACCGGGACCUCUCCUGCUGGACACGUGUCCUCGUCCAGGGCUGCCAUGCUGCUGCCGAGCUGAUCAAAGAGGUGACUGUGGGCUGCACGCUGGGCGGGCAGGAUGUGCAGCUCUCCAUCCACUACGAGGGUGGCUUCACCAUUUGCCGCGAGGAGCCGGGCGCCGGCGCUGGCACCGUCCUCUUCCGCUACCCCUACGAGAGACUGAAGAUGUCGGCAGAUGAUGGCAUCCGGACUCUCUACCUGGAUUUCGGGGGCUCUGAGGGGGAGCUGGCUCUGGACCUGCACUCCUGCCCCAAGCCCAUCGUCUUCGUCCUCCACACCUUCCUCUCUGCCAAAGUCACCCGCAUGGGGCUGCUGGUGUAGGUGCCCUGCCCCACCUGUCUUCUCCCAUCACAGUCCAGCUGGGGAAAGUGGAGGGGACCCUCCCCCAAUCCCUCCUACCCCACCAGUGCCUUGCCGGGGCCAGAACUUGCUGCCCCAAAAGCCACCAGGGACCAGCAGGAUGGCUUCCCAGGAUGGGGGCGGUGAGCCUUUCCUGCUCUACACCAGCAAUCCCAGCCCCCCGGUGUUGGGGGGACACAGACACCAGCUUUAAUCCCUGUGGGCCUGAAGCCAUCACUGAUCUCACCACCUGUGCCUUGGAUUGGGGUGAGCCCAGUGUCCCACAAACACUGGGCACCCCCUGGUGCUUCAUCCACCCACUUUUGGGGGACCCAGCACCCUCCCUGCCUUGGGGCAUCUCCAAAUG